AUGGUGCACCCAGACCCACGGGCUGCGGGCCUCGCGUCCCUGCUGAGGCACUUCCAUUUGCCUCCGGGGUGCCGCAGUCCUCAGGAGCUGCGGGCGGCGUACUACCGCCUCGCGCAGCAGCUCCAUCCCGACAAAAACGGCGGCAGCGGGUCAAAGGAGUUCGGCGAGCUCCACGAAAAGUACCUCAAGUGCAUGCAGCUUCUUCAGCUAGAGGAGCGGAACCGAGCGCGGCGCUCCGCGCGCCACCACGAGGCCCCGUUUUCCCGGGCGCCUAACGCCUCGCAUUUCUCACGGCAUGGCGGCGCCUCCCAUCGCAGCGGAGGCAGCGGGGCUGCAGACCGCGGGCGCGGCGGCCCAGAGAACGGAACUUUCUUUUGCGCGUUCGCCGACAGAGUCGGUAGGAGCGGCGCGUGGAGCUACGAAGAGUGGGUUGCGCACAUGAGCAGACAGAUGCGAGACGGCCGAGCCGCGGCAGCCGCAGGCGGGCUGGGCUGGGGACCUGCUUCUGGCGGCGCGAGAGGCUUUCCCUGGGAGGAGACUACCGGAGCAGGCGGGCGAGGUCGCCCGGGUGCAGGCCCUGGGGCCUUCUGGAGCGACGAGCCGGGGGCGGCGGGGGCCACAGGCUCGCGCCACCCGCCGUGGAGUCUGCAGCACGCAGCACUGGCGAUGUUCGGCACAGGGCUUCUGCUAAGCUUUGGCGCGUCGAGGCGGAGACGUGACGACGGCGGCCUGCAGAGCGAGCGAGCCGAGACCCACUUGCGUCUUCUCGCAGAGCGCCAGCAGCAACGCGGUCUGCGCGCCGCGCCAGGAGGAGGGCUGAGAGAGGAAGAGGCGAGCUCCGCGCUCCGCGGCGACUGCGAUUGGAGGUCCUCAGCUUUGCAGGCUGGCGGCUCCUGCGCGUUUUCAAAAGACGGAGACGAAGCGGCGCGAAUGCAUCCAGGCGCGGCGCUGGGCGAAGGCGGGCGGGCCGGACAAGGCGGGGGAGGGGGUGAGGUGAAGAGGCAGCAAGAAAAAUCGGCGGCAGCUGUUGGGAGCGAGGAGCUGCUCGAGGUGGAAGAGGCGCACCGUGGAGAAGGCAAAGACCACCUCGGUAUUACGCCUCACGCAAGCGCGCCGCCCUCACCGGUUUCACCUCGGAGAUCUGUUUUGUCGGCUCCACGCUAUGAAGGUCUGGCCGCAGAACUCGCCCCUUCGGAUGCCGUUCAGGCGCGAGAGCCUGGGCAUCCCCUCGGUGGGCUUCCACGGUCCGGUGGCGUGUCUGCAUCUGCGCUCGACGCGCGUCCCCUUUCUCCAUUCUCGGCGCUUGACGCGCGGAGAGGGAGAGAAAAUCAACACGGGGACACCGCUGCGGGGUCUUCUUCUCAUCGACGGCCUGAGGCCAGUGGAAUGCCGCUCGAAACCAACGACCUCUUGACAAAACAAUAUCGCAGAGCGACGGUGCGGAAAAGGAGGCUGCGGCGACAACGACACGCAGGUGACCAGGAAGAGACAGAGGAAACUCGAAAGAAGCGUGGGCUCGUGGAAAACCAUGGAGGCGCAGACGCGAGCCAGGGGAGUCUGCCUGUCAGUUACGACUCGCGCGGGGUGCCGCCCGUAGAUCUGACGAGGGGCCACCGCGGCGUUCAUCGAGAGUCGCGUUACAUCCACGGCUGCGGCGGAGCGACCGGCGCAGGUUACGACGACUACCUCGCUGAGUACGAGGUUCACAAGGCGUCAAGGUCGGCAGAAAAGAGCAGAGGUGGGGAACUGGGAAGAAAGGAACGUAGUCAUGUAUGGAGUGCGUCUGAGGAGCAGGACGAGGAUCGCAGCCACAGUGUGGCCAUGAAACACAUCGCUUUGCAAGACGAACACGAAGAAGUGCUCCAGGUUCCGACGACUGUCGAAAGCGAAAGGGCCGCAGCGCGCGCCGCAGUGGAAGCCAUUGGCGCUGAGUUUAAAAAGAAUAUCCGAGCAAGAAUGCAGGCAGCUGGCGCGUAG